GCCCGCUCUGCACGGAGGUGCCUCACGCCGCCCGCCCCGCCAUGUCGCCCACCAAACGCGUGGCGCUGGUGACCGGAGCCAACAAGGGCAUCGGCUUCGCCAUCACGCGCGAGCUGUGCCGCCAGUUCUCCGGGGACGUGGUGCUCACGGCGCGGGACGAGCCGCGGGGCCGGGCGGCCGUGCAGCAGCUGCAGGCCGAGGGCCUGAGCCCGCGCUUCCACCCGCUGGACAUCGACGACCCGCAGAGCAUCCGCGCCCUGCGCGACUUCCUGCUCAAGGAGUACGGGGGGCUCAACGUGCUGGUCAAUAACGCGGGCAUCGCCUUCAAGCAGGCUGAUCCCACGCCGUUUCAUAUUCAAGCGGAAGUGACCAUGAAAACGAACUAUUUUGGUACCAAAAAUGUCAGCACCGAGCUACUCCCUCUAAUGAAACCUCAAGGCAGAGUGGUCAAUGUGUCAAGCACCAUGAGUGUGAGAGCCCUUAAAAGCUGCAGCCCAGAGCUGCAGGAGAAGUUUCGGAGUAAGACCAUCACCGAGGAGGAGCUAACAGGGCUUAUGAACAAGUUUGUGGAAGAUACCAAGAAAGGAGUGCACCAACAGGAAGGCUGGCCCAACACUGCAUAUGGAGUGAGCAAGAUUGGAGUCACAGUCUUGUCCAGAAUCCAUGCCAGAAAGCUCAACGAGCAGAGGAGUGGGGACAAAAUCCUCCUGAAUGCCUGCUGCCCAGGGUGGGUGAGAACCGACAUGGCGGGACCCACCGCUACCAAAAGCCCAGAAGAAGGAGCAGAGACCCCUGUGUAUUUGGCUCUCCUACCCCCAGAUGCAGAGGGGCCUCAUGGACAGUUUGUCACAGAGAAAAAAGUUGAAAAAUGGUGAGCUCAGCUCUCCUCCACCUGUGGUCUAUAUUUUGAUCCUUGACCUAAUAUGCCUUACUCCUAAUAUCCUUACUGAAAGAGAAGAAAAAAAUCAAAAUGUUCUUCUCAUGUACUCUGUACUAAUCUGCUACUAAUUGAAUAGAUGAUUGAAUGGAUAAAUAACUAAAUCUUCUUCAGUGAAACAGAAAGACAAAGAUUAAAUAAAAUUUGAAAAUACA